AGAACGAAGAGCAAGAAAAUGCAGCACUUGUGUUACUCAUUCCAUAAUUAGCAUAACUCAACAACAGACACUUGACUGUCGUAGGCAGCUACGGUGCGCAGAAACGUGGAAAAGUAAAUAUAAACAAAUCUAAACAAAUAAUUUUUAAAAACAAAGUACCUACAACAAAUAGAGAACAAUUUUAAUAUUCAUAAUUGCAAAGUAUUGUCGCGACUGUUGCAUGUCGUGGCGUGGACGAAUUGAACUGCUCCGAUGCAAUUACCUUAUCGCAGCCACUUCGAUGGUGGGUCAAAGAAAGUGUUGAGUGUUGAAAAUUGAUGCAAUUCGUGAACGCAGUGUCGAAAUGCGGAGUCGUAUUAGUGAACCGGUGCAGCUACGCCGAAACGUUAAGUGAUUGAUUCAAAAAGGCAGAACUCGAGUUGUGUGCGCAAUUAUUCGCAAAGAUUGUCGAUUCCGUGACGGUUCCUAUUAAAGCAAAGUCGGCGGCUUGAAUUAAAAAUCACCAAGAAAGAACAUAAAAAAUAAAAAAAGUUUCAAAUAAAAAUAAAAAUGUCAAAUAACAACGCGCUAAGCUUUGAAAAGUUUGGACUUUUGCAGCUACGGAGCGCCGUGCUCUUGCUACUCCUACUAUUACUCCUCUUUUCAGCGCAAGAGAUCAACGCCGAUAGCAGUUUUGCCGUUAACCGAUCGGUUGCCGCCUGCAAAAUGCCUCGCAUUCCACUCCUCUGUGACAGCAAACUACUUCGCUAUGCCUACAACGCAGCCACCGGCAAGUGUGUGAGUCUCUACACCAACAACUGUGGCACAAAUGCGAUGUCAAAGCAUUUCCUCACCUUCGAGGAAUGUCGACGUGAUCGCAUGAAAAUACUGCGUUAUUAAAGGACGAAUAAUUAUUAUAUUUACUUCCAAGUUUAAAUAAUUAUUAAAUAUAAAGAAAUCAGAUGAAUACCA